AAAAUGUUCGCAGCUCAGCACAGGGUUUGGGGAAGAGCGGCCCGGCGGACACUCGCAGCAUUUCGGAUCAGACCGCAUCCCGCACUUCUACUUGGACUUGGCUUUGUUGUCUCCAUGUGAGUCAAAGCCAAUGUUCCGAGGCUCAAGCAAGGCUGCCACUUCUCCUCUUAGGCCAUCUUGAUAUCUUCGAUGAGAGGGCGAUAGGAACUCGAGAACCAUGAAGCUGGAGGAUCAGGUUGUCCUUGUUACGGGCUCAUCCCGCGGACUGGGUCUAGCAAUCGCAAGGGCAUUUCGCAGCGAAGGCGCAAAGGUCGUCCUCAACUAUUUCAAAACCACCGAGGACCGCAUCUCAGUGCUGGCGGCAGAUCUCGGUUCUACAGAGGAUACCCUGUUCUUCCGCGCUGAUGUCACCAAUGCCGACGAGGUCCAAGAACUAUUCAGGGCUGCGGAACGCCACUUCAACAAGCCAAUAUCGACAGUCGUAAACAACGCCAUGGUGGGCGACUUUGCUUUCAACGGAGACGCAAGACCCAAAGUCUCCGAUCUCACGUGGUCAAACUUCGACUCGCAGCUGCAAGGGUUUCUUCGAGGGGCCUUGAAUACCACGCAAGCAGCCCUUCCAGGAUUCGAGAAACUCGGCUUCGGCCGCAUCAUCAACAUUGGGUCGAACUUGUUCCAGAAUCCUGUGGUGCCGUACCACGACUACACGGCAGCCAAGGGAGCAUUGCUGGCUUUCACCAGAACAUGCGCGGCCGACCUGGGACCAAAGGGCGUCACCGUCAAUAUGGUGUCUGGCGGUCUCCUGCAGGUCACCGAUGCUAGUGCUAGCACUCCAAAGGAGGUGUUCGAUCACAUCAAGGCCGUCACGCCCCUAAGAAAGGUCACAACGCCGGAAGAUCUCGCGGGCGCGGUGUUGUUCUUCGCCAGCCCCUGGUCAGGUGCUGUGACUGGCCAACAAAUAGUGGUCGACGGAGGCUUGGUCAUGAAUUGAGCCGACAACAUAUUCAUUUGCUGAUAGAGUUCCGCAGAGAGGUCAUAACUUGGCUUGUGACUUGGGCGUCUGUAUCUCCACAAUGGCCUUCCCCCAGACUUUUCUGGCCGCGAGGUCGUCCAGAGCCCCGGGGACGCUUUCUAGGCCAGAAUAUGUCCCAUAGACGACGGGCUUGAUGUUGCCACGUUCGAGCAUCUCAUUCAAGCCUCUCCAUACC